AUGAUUUUCAUCCAUUUCACUGCAUGUAUAAUCCUUGUCGCUACGUGUAAUGGACUUAUCACACACAGUAAGCUGCUAGGCAGGUCGGUGAAGCCCCUUCUAUUCGCAGAAACAGUGGAAUCUGUCAGCAACAAGGCUCCCGAGGCAGAAAUCAAUCGCAGACGUAACUUGGCAAUCAUCUCGCAUCCAGAUGCUGGAAAGACUACAGUGACGGAAAAGCUUCUUUUGUAUGGAGGUGCAUUGCAACAAGCUGGAGCCGUCCGACAAAAGGCGGAACAAAGAGGGACGCAGAGUGAUUUCAUGUCCAUCGAACAAGAACGUGGAAUCUCGAUUAGUUCAACGGUUAUGAACUUUGACUACAAUGGGAAACGCGAUUUUAGUGAAGAUACAUACAGAGCUUUGGCUGCCGCAGAUAAUAGUGUCAUGUUGAUCGAUAGUGCCAAGGGGCUGGAACCCCAGACUAGAAAACUUUUUGAGGUCACCCGAAUGCGCAAACUUCCCCUGUUUACUUUUUGCAACAAAAUGGAUCGUCCCGCUUUGAGCCCAUAUGAGAUUAUGGAUCAAAUUGAAGCAGAGUUCAACUUGGAGUCUUUCCCCGUCCUUUGGCCCAUUGGAGAUGGUGAUAGAUUUAAAGGAGUUUUAGAUCGUAUGGAAAAUGUCGUCCACUUGUUCAUCAAGUCUGUCGAGCGUGGAGGCAAAGCAGAUGUGCAACAGGUUCCGAUGGACGAUCUAGAGACUCUCGAAAAGUUGAUUGACGACAAAGAAUUGUUUGACAAGCUUUUGGAAGACAGAGAGCUUCUAGAUGAGUUGAUUCCGCCAUUGGAUAUGGAUCGUGUGUCUGCUGGAGACUUGACGCCUCUAUUCUUUGGAAGUGCCAUGACAAACUUUGGUGUCCAACUAUUCCUCGACAAGUUUUUGGAGAUGGGAGUGAAACCUGCCACAAGAGUUGCCGUGAACAAGGAUGCCUCAUCGGAUGAUGUUCUGACUGUAUCACCAGAGCACGAGGAAUUCACUGGUUUCGUUUUCAAAACACAAGCGAACAUGGAUCCAAAGCACAGAGAUCGACUUGCCUAUGUUCGUGUUGUUUCUGGAGUGUACGAGAAGGGAAUGAAAGUUGGGCAUUCCCGAAGUAAACCAAACAAGAAAUACAAUCUUGCACAAGCUCAAGCCUUGUUCGGUUCAGAUCGAUCAUCGGUUGAUGUUGCCUAUCCUGGUGACGUCAUCGGAAUCAACAAUCCUGGAUGCUUUGCAAUCGGAGACACUUUGUACACCGGAAGUAACCGUGUUGCAUUCCCUGGUAUUCCAUCUUUCAGUCCAGAGAAGUUUUCUUACAUUCGAAGUCCCAACCCAUCGGAUUACAAGUCAUUUCGAAAGGGAAUGGAUCAGCUGCUCGACGAGGGUGCUGUCCAAGCUCUUCGUCAACGAAAUGAUGACGGUGGUGGUCCACUGAUGUUGGCUGCCGUUGGUCAGUUGCAAUUUGAAGUUGUCCAAGCUCGACUAAAGGAAGAAUACAAUGUAGAAUCAAUAAUGGAGCCUCUCACAUACUCUCUGGCUCGAUGGGUCAAUUCGGGUUGGGAUGCAGUUGACAAGGCAGAUGCUGCAGGUAAAUUAUUUGGAAUCAUGAUUGUUCAAGAUAGAUGGAAGCGUCCAGUUCUGCUCUUCCGUAACGAUUGGAAGGCUGCCUCCUUGGCGGAUGAAGAAAAGUACCUUGAAUUGGCACCUUGGAGUCAACCUCCUGACUUUGAGAGUUAG